AAGGUACGGUCCACCAGUAUAAAAGUGAGGAGGCUGUGGUGGUUGGGAGGCUUGAGAGAAGAGAAGCACAGCUCCCAAACACAGCUCCAGAACGUAGCUCCUGGCGUGGGCCCGAGUUUUAAGGGUAUAGCCAGGAAGGCAGUUAGAGUGAAUUCUUUUGUUGUGUAUUACUUUGAUUCUUUUGAGAAGUGAGUUCUUUUUGAUAUUAUUUUUUCUUUUUUUGCUUACUUUUCUCUUUCUGGUUGCCCAAUGUGAAUUUUUACAUUGGAGUUUCUGAGCAAGAUUCUCAUUUUCACAUUCUCACCCUCACACACGUCUUAUUUUUUGUUGGUGAAUUUUCGGGCAGUUCUUCUGAACGUGGUUUGAAGAGUUGGAAGAAGCUGAAGAACAAAUGGAAUCAGAUGAAAUGUGAAGCUGUGAGUCAGUGGACUCUACUGUGUCUACUGCCACUUCUACUAAAUUCAUCCACAAUCCUCCUCCCACUUCCCUUACUCUGUUGCCAUGGUGACGACCGUCCACCAGAGGAGUAAAAACAAACCUGUUUCGAGGUGUGUUGGCCGUUGAACGUGGCAGUGAUGCAGGUCUGUGUCGCUUCUCUGUGACCCUGUCUGAUUAUCAGCUGGCCUCCUGUGGGGCCAGAGCCGCAGGUUGAAUAACAGAGUUGUCUCCUCGUUAGAGAUCCACCUCUGCCUGAGAGCAGUGAGACAGCUGAUCAGGAAUCUGCUUAUCACACAGCAGGUGUGUGUGUGUGUGAAGCCGUGCACAGAGAGUGAGAGUUAGAGGAGGUGAGUUUUCAGAGCGACGCUCUGCUCUGGUAACGUCUGGUAGCUUGACCUCAUCACAGUGUUACCAUGACAACGGCUCUUCUUUAAUCAGGGCUCUGCUCUCAGCAACCUGCGACUUCCUGUCAUUGUUCACACACUUCCUCCAGGAAGCAUCUGGGUCAAAAUGACAACAAUUACUCUCCUUUUCCACUGUUUGUUCAGAGACAAGAAAUCUGUGUGUGUGUGUGUGUGUGUUGAUUCCAGUUUCUCGCUGUCCGUCCCUGCGUCUGCCAGGACUCAAACCGUGGAACCUCCUCCAGGACGUCGACGCUUUCUUCAGCUUUUCUUCAGCUUUUCUUCAGUUUUCUUCAGUUUUCCUCUGUGGGAUCAAUAAAGUUGAUCUGAUUUGAUCUUAAUUUCAUUCAGAAUCAGUUUUGGUACAAAAACUAAGUCAGUUUUCUCUCACACUGAGCAACAGCAGCGUUUCUCCGGAGGAAACCAGCGGGCCGUAUCAAGACAAAGCACACUUCCUGUCUUGGGGGGGGGGGGGGGGGGUGAAUGGGCGGUGAAUGGGUGGUGAGGGCAAUAAGUCUUUCAACAGAGCAACUCUGGAGGAAAACCAGCAGAAACUGGGAAAGAAGAGAAGAAACUGGGAAGAUAGCGAGUGGAAAGACGACAAGAAAAGGAGAAACUGAAGGAGGAGAAGACAAAAGUGUUUGACAGAAGAUUCGGGUGCGAACAGAAACAAACCUCGUGCUUCUCACUGUUCUGACACAGAACCAUCAUCAGGGGAGGAAUCACAGAAGAUGGCACUUUGGUUCAGCUCCUGUUGGAUCUACCUUUGGAUCAUCGUCCUACCCAGAAUAGUCUCUGCUGACUCGGCUUCACCUCCACACUACUCCAUCCACCGCACCCAUGUCAGUUUUGACCAGGCCAUGGAGGGCUGUUCCCCAGGUGUCCUUACCACUCUGGCCACCGAGCAGGAGGUUGCUAACGUCUUAAGGCUCAUCUCGGAGACCGCGUUGCCUCAGAAUGAAUUCACCUUCUGGGUUGGGCUGAGGAAAGCCAAAAAUGAGUGCGUGGUAACCACGCUGCCGCUGAGAGGCUUCAAGUGGCUGGAAGAUGGCAGUGAGGAGUCACAGGUGAGUCGCUGGGUAAAGGAGCCGGCGGACACCUGCACAACUACUCGCUGCGCAGUUCUAAAGGGGGAGUUGGAUGGUUUGACAGUGACCAGCUGGGGUCUAAUUCCAGUCACCUGUAAGAACACUUACCAGUUCAUCUGUAAAUUGAGACAUGAACAGAGAAGACAGACGUUUAAGGACAUAAAGUCCACGAUUGAACCUGUAACACUGGAACCACCAACAGAAACCAAUCUAACACGUAAAACCAAACCUGAACUGCAGGGACCUGAUCCUGGACCUGGCUCUAAACCGGAGCCAGGGUGGCACUCAUGUCAGCCCCUCCGUAUGCCCGAGGCCCGCUUCCUCAUUCCGGACCCGGACAACAGCAGCAGGAUCCGGGUUGAAUGCUGGUCCUCUGUCCAGCUGGAGAUCCACUGCUGGGGUCAGCCCGCUGCGUGGCGUCUACUGAAUGAUUCCCCCGUCAACUUCACCACUGUCUGCCAGCCGUGCAGCGACGGCUUCCAGAAAGACGCUUUUGGAAACUGUGUGGACAUUGAUGAGUGCAGCGUCAGCGCCGCCUGCAGCCACACCUGUCUGAACACAGAGGGCUCCUACAGGUGCAUCUGCUCCGACAAGAAUGGGGACCACCAUGACGAGGGCUCCCUGGCGUGCACGGUGAUGGCUGAUGACAGAGGCUCCCUGUCGGGCAUCCUGGUCCCAGUGCUGGUUUCUGUGGUGGCACUGGUUGUGCUGGUGAUGUUUGUCGUAGUGAUGGUGAAGUGCUGCCUGAUGAGACGGUCAAAGAUGGACGGCCAGGAUUCCUUCUCAUCAGCCAAUGAAAAGACAGCAACAUGAGGAAGCAGAGCUGUGACUGGUCGAAGAGAGAUCACCAUAAUCAUGUGGCAGGUGAAAGAAUUGUCUCCAAAAUGACUCAAAUUUUACAGGUAGAUAUAAAAAGGUUAUUUUUAAGUUUAAAAUCUUUUUAUAUAAAUCAGAUUUUCUGAAAAAAAGAAAAUAUUUUACAGUUAUUUUGUUUCUGAAGCAGAGAAACUGAAACUGGAGACAAACCUGUUUCAUCUGUGACUUUUAUUUUAAAAUCGAGGUUUUUUUAAAGUGCAUCGUGCAAAAGUAACUUUAAAGGAGCAGUGUGUAAGAUUUAGUGGCACCUAGUGGUGAGGCUGCAGAUUGCAACCAGCAGAAUCCCCCCCCCCUCACCCUCUCACCCGCCCUCUCUGGUCUGGGUUACUGUAGAAACAUGGUGAGCUCCAUCGACCUGCUCUCUGUGUAGAUACGAAGGGUUGAUUGUACGUUAACUAAAACACAACCCUCAUUAGUUUCAGGUGAUCACACAGUAAUAACAUCAUCAUGACUAUUAUGUUCCAUAGAUACCCCUCAGUCCUACACUCUAGCCCUUUAAUUAACAAAUCAUACAUUAAAUUAUUAUUUAGAAAGUCUUCAGUCUUAAAAGUCCAGAGUAAAUGAAGGUGGACAAAGUCGACAAAUCUGGUAAAAAGGGAUUUUUCUCUGAAAAUAAAAAGAUAAAUGUCCAUUGGAAUCUGAUGUUUUUCUGUUUCUGUAUGAGUUUUAAUGUUUUAGGAAAAUGAAACUGACAUAACUUUAUUAAAGGGAGGAAAUUAGAUUUGCUGUUUAAAUGAGAUGCUGGAAUUUUUACAUUUUAAGGAGGAGAGGAGGAGAAGGAUAUGCAGCAUAUAGGACAUGAUACAGACAGGAAGUGGACGAUGUUAGAGGGACAGCAUUCAGAUCCCAGAACAGUUAGUGGAUCCUGUCCUCAGCAGGUUACAGCUGUGAUAGGAAACAGAGCACAGGAGCAAACAGCUG